GGUUUGCUGGCUUGCUGCAGAUUUCGAAGGGAUACGAAACGUAAAUCUAUAAUGAAGUUCAUCUUGAAAAUAUUAUUACUGAUAAUCCAAACUGGUGGUGUAGUACUAAUAUUACUAUUAAGUAAAAUUGAUAAUGAAACUUGCUGGAUAUUGCCCUGUAUUUUAUUGCUAUGUUCUCUUCGUUGGUGGCCAAAUUAUGUAACCGAAAAGAGUGACAUAGGAUUUAUUAGAUAUCUCAACAGUGUUAAAGAAAGAUUAAAACUAUGCCGAGGGUACGAACAAGGAAUAACAGCUAUACUCAGAAUUUCAACUUUUUUCAGUGCCUCAAUUUUAAUUAUAUACUACAAAAAUAUAAACAUUAAUACAUAUUUAAGUUGCUUCCCAGGAAGAAUAGAAUACAACAUUAUUUUAACCAGCUUAAUUAAUAAUAGAAGCGAUUUUCCUCAAAAUAAUACAAUCGAAGAAACAGCAGCAUUUAUUACAGUUGAUUCAUCAACGCUGUUAGUAGUUUUGUUCAGUCAUGCUUUAUCAUCUUUUAUCCUUUACUCUGCAGGGAAAUUUGCUGUAAAAACCCUAAUGCACCGCUUUGGAUUCGCACUUCCUAUGAGCUUAGUGACCACUGUAAGCUUCAUUGUUAUGGUCAUUGUCUGUAUUUUACGUGAAAGCAAUCCAUGUGCCUUUCAUGGAUUUAUUGGAGAUUAUUUAUUUUUCACAAACCCAAAAAUUAACGUUAUGGCAGCUUCAUUUUUACGGUGGCAAUGCUUACUAUGGUUAUUGAUAUUGUUGUCUCAAGUAUGGACUACCGUGCAUAUAUGGACCAGCUAUUGUGAAAGAUUAGCUACGACUCAUCGAAUUUUUGCCCUGCCAUUUUAUGAUUCUUUAAUCAUUGACCAGUCUCUCAUGCUUAAUCGACGGAAAGAUAAUUUUCAUAAUCACAAAAAAAGUAAUAAGGAUGAUCAUGAGCACAGUAGACAAUAUUCUGAAAAUAAUCUAAAUACUUCGAGGUGGGUAUCGCCGAAUGACCAAGUAACGAAAAUUUAUGCUUGUGCAACUAUGUGGCAUGAAACCGAAGAAGAAAUGAUGCAAUUUAUGGGGAGUAUAUUACGACUCGACAUUUGCCAAUCUGCUAUGUCGUUUACGCAAGCCCGCUAUCACGUUCAGAUCGAUGAUUACUUUGAGCUUGAAUGUCAUAUAUUUUUUGAUGAUGCUUUUCAAUGCAUGUACGGUUGUGAUGGAAUAUGUACUCAUGAUGAAAAUGAAACUCAUGUAAAUGAUUAUGUUAAAUCUUUGAUGAAAGUAAUAAAAAUAUCAGUUGAAAUGCUCGGUGUUUGUGCCAAUUCUCCUAUCAAAUAUCCUGCACCAUAUGGAGGACGAUUUGAAUGGACUCUUCCAGGAAAGACUCGCCUGAUAGUACACUUGAAAGAUAAAAAUAAAAUACGUCAUAGAAAACGUUGGAGCCAGGUGAUGUAUAUGUAUUACUUAUUGGGUUAUGGAAUAAUUGAUAGACCAAUCUCUAUCAAUCGUAAAGCUGUGAUCGCAGAAAAUACAUACAUUCUUACGUUAGAUGGUGAUAUUGACUUUCAACCAAAUGCAGUUAAAGUCCUCUUGCAUUUGAUGAAACGUGAUAAAAAUUUAGGUGCUGCAUGCGGACGAAUUCAUCCGAUCGGUACGGGUCCAAUGGUCUGGUUUCAGAAAUUCGAGUAUGCUAUUGGACACUGGCUCCAAAAGUCUACUGAACAUACAAUUGGUAGCGUUCUUUGCAGUCCAGGCUGUUUUUCACUUUUUCGUGCAAAGGCAUUAAUGGAAGACAAUGUUACACGAAAAUAUGCUUCACAAUCAACAGAAGCUUGGCACUACAUUCAAUACGAUCAAGGUGAAGAUCGUUGGCUAUGUACUCUUGUUCUUCAAUCCGGUUAUCGAGUAGAAUAUUCAGCAGCUAGUGACUCAUAUACUCAUGCCCCUGAAACUUUCAAAGAAUUUUACAAUCAGCGUCGACGUUGGAUACCAUCCACAAUUGCGAAUAUAUUUGACUUACUAAAUUCAUCAAAAAAUACAAGAAAAGCAAAUGAAAAUAUAUCAUGGUUGUACAUAGCAUAUCAAUGGAUAUUAAUGGGAAGUACGGUGCUUGGACCAGGAACAAUUUUUCUUAUGCUGGUUGGUGCAUUUGUUGCUGCCUUCAGAAUAGAUAAUUGGUCAAGUUUUUACUAUAACUUGAUACCUAUUGCAAUUUUUGUGACUAUUUGUUUCUUCUGCAAGUCUGAUUUUCAACUUAUUGUAGCAGCUAUUAUUUCUACGUUCUAUGGAUUAGUUAUGAUUGUUGUUCUUGUUGGAAUAAUGAUACAAAUUGCUGAUGAUGGAUGGUUGGCACCUAGCACGAUUUUAUUUAUGGUUGUGGCAGGACAACUAAUUAUUGCUGGUUUAUUACAUCCUCAAGAAAUAUCCUGUCUCAUAUGUGGGGUUAUUUAUUAUGUAACCGUUCCUUCUAUGUACAUGUUAUUAAUUAUUUAUUCUCUUUUCAAUAUACAUAAUGUCACUUGGGGAACUCGAGAGUCUAAAGUAAUUGUGAAAGACGAUGUUAAUCAAUUGCAAUCAAAACGCAAUAAUAAAGCAAUUAAUAUUAAAAACUUAAAUAAUUCAAACCAACAAAACUUGGAAUGCUCAUUUUUUGGAUUAUUCAGGUGUAUAUUUUGUACUUAUAAAAGUUAUUGUGAAGAAAUGUACAAACUUGAUAAUUUACAAAAAUCAUUGGACCAAAUCUCAUUGGAUAUAAGGAAUUUAGAAAAAAACUUAGUUGAUAAAGAAGUGCAAAUUAACAUUCCUUCCAAAGAUGUAUAUUAUAAAAAUUUUAUUGAUGUACAUAAAGAACAGUCACCAAAAAUAGGACUAUUCGAUCAAGAUAUAGAUUCACAACCGGUGAAAUUAUCAACUUCUAUCGAUGAUGACAUUAACGAAAUAAAAUUAGGAAAUUUUCUGGUCAGUCCUCCGUGGGUUCAAGAUCCAGACAUUCAAAAAGGACGAGUUGAAUUUUUAUCUCACGAAGAAGAGAUUUUUUGGAAUCGUUUAAUCAAAAAAUAUCUUUACCCUCUAGAUGAAGAUAAAAAACAAUUACAGAAAACAGCUGAUGCAUUAAACAAUUUACGCAAUGAGUUUCUUUUCAAAUUUUUCAUGUUAAAUGCAUUAUUUGUAUUAACUGUUUUUUUAAUGCAGCUCAAUAAAGAUACGUUGCAUCUUCAAUGGCCUUUAGGACUUUCAUAUAAUAUUACUUAUCGGAGUGAAACAAUUGAGGUUCAUUUUGAAAAAAAUUACUUACAACUGGAGCCAAUUGGUUGUCUAUUUAUAAUUGGAUUUGUUUUAAUUCUCUUUAUUCAGUUCAUUGCAAUGUUAUUUCAUAGAUAUAAUACAUUUCUUCAUCUUUUAUCUAACACAAGUAUUAACUUAAACUGCUUUAUAAGAUCAAAAAAUUCAUCUACAGACAAGUUAUUAGACUUUCAUGUGAAAGAUAUGGUCGAAGUUCUACAGCGUUUGGCAGAAGAUAAUGCUGUCUCGAAUGUUGCUGUACUUCAAUCGAAUAUUGAUAGAUCACCUAAAAAGCGAAACACGGUACACACACUUCUGCAGAAUCAUGAAGGACAAGUUAAAUUACCAACAGACUUAGAAACCAUUUUUCGAAAAAAUUUGCAAGAAUCUGCAAAUGAUUCCCGUUUUCCAUCUACCAGGAUGUCAUUGAGAAUAAUUCAAGCUUUCGAACAAAAAAGAACUUCGAUGAUCAUAAAACAACAAAAAUCGCUCUAUGAUAAAAGAAGUAUAGACGAAAUAUAUCAAAGUGUGGAUAGCUCUCCCGAAAAUAAUAAUUUGGACUAUAUUUCUAAUAAUAAUGAAAGAGGUUAUGAAAAUAAGGGUUUCGAGUUGGAAUGAUAACUUUUAAUAGAUGCUUAGAUAGAUAUAGAUUGAAUUGAUUUUAUGCAAAGGCCAUAUGAUGGCCUAAUUAUCAGUAUCUGUACAUAAAACAUAAUAAUAAAUUAUCAAAAUAUAC